AUGAGCUAUGGGCCCAAUGCCCUCAAAGGCAUCCCGACCUUCAGCUCGUUCCAGGAGCAUCGCCAGCACAUUGUGCUGCACAUGGCAGCCGUGUUCCGUAAUUGGGCUCGGGUCGGUUUCACCGAAGGCAUCUCGGGCCAUAUCAGUGUCCGCGAUCCAGAGUUCCCAGAUUGCAUCUGGAUGAACCCGAUCGGCCGACACUUUGCGCUGCUCAAUGCGAGCGACAUGCUGUGCAUUGACAUCAACACGGGUGCUAUUGUCGGGGGCAACCAGAACCGCCCAUAUAAUCUGCCCGGCUUCUACAUCCACAGCGCGAUGCAUAAAGUCCGCCCCGACAUCCACGCCAUCUGCCACGCGCACACGAUCGCGGGCCGGGCGUGGGCGGCCAUCGGCAAGCCGCUCGACAUGAUCACGCAGGACGUGUGCGACCUGUACGGCGCGGCGCUGGCCGUGGACGACGACUACGGCGGCGUGGUCGUCGCCGAGGAGGAAGGCCGGCGGAUCGCCCGGAUGCUGGGGCCCGAGGGCAAGGCGGCGAUCCUGCUCAACCACGGGCUUGUCUCAGUCGGGCACACGGUCGACGAGGCGAGCUUCUUGUUUGGCCUGCUUGAUCGGUCGUGCGAUAUCCAGCUGCGCGUCGAGGCGGCGUGCGGGGGCAACCCGGAGCUCAAGAAGAAGGUCAUCUCGCACGAGUUGGCUCGAUUUAAUUUUGCCAUGGCCGGCGAGAAGAACUGGCUGUACGAGGAGGCGCAGCCGGAUAUCCAGUAUGAGAUUGAGAUGGCGGGGAGUAUCAUUUCCGCAGGCAUCGCCGAUAUCAAGGUUGAUAGAUCGGCGGCGUAG